ACGGGAAGGCAGCAGGACAGUGAGCAGGUAGAGCCUGUCAAUGAGAUCCCAGGGGAGCGAGAGACAGUCCGGGAGGUAGACUUUUGGGACGGUAUCACAACUGUACACGGUGUCUCCACUUUAUCAACUUUAAAUGGAGAUUACAAGGAGUUUGGACCACUUUUACUCCGUACUUUUUGUUGUGUUUCUACUCUGUAAUCGCUGAUGAUUUUGAUAAACGAUUCAUUUUCCCUCUGUGUUCUCAGGAGGUUCGUAUCUAAUUUCUCACAGUGCAGCGGAGGCACCGAGCUCAGGGGAAUGCCUGUGUUGUUUUUGUUUUGUUGUUUUGUUUUUUACAGCGAACAGGUUUAAAUGAAGACCGACUGUAGAAAAUCAGUUGAUGGGUCUAUUACAGAAGUCGCUUUGGUUUCGGACCCAGUAUAAUUACCAAGUUAUAAGUGAAGUAAGGCAACGGUCCAUUUGCUUUAGUUAAUAAUUAUGUAAAGCGGUGUUCUGAUUUUAACUUCUUCGAUGAUUAUUUUUCGCAACUCCUUGGUUGUAAAAAUAUUACCCAACUUGUUGGCACUGCAUUAUCUGUCAGCAUGCCUUCUAACUUUCCGGCGGCAACCUGUAACCCAGCCUUUGAAGUCCAAGUCGUCGCUCUCGUGCGUUUUUUGUGGAUCUAUCCAGAACAUGUGGCGCCCACAGGAUGUGCUAUCUUUUCACGCUGUUUGUCAACUCGCAAAAUGUGAUUGUACGGUGCAGUGACUGGUGUACACUGUAAUAGUAGUUCGGAUACGGAUGAAGAUCGAUACACUGUUUGCCGGGACCUGCCCUCCUGGGAAAGGAUACAACAGUUCAACUAUAACGCAAACACGUCACAAAUGAAGACAUUUGUUGUUGAAGACCGGGCUGCUGGAAACCAAUACACACUUCAAGCUAUAACACAACACAACGUGUCUUCAUGGUGCAUUUGAGCGUACACCACAUUAAUGACACUGGAUAAAAGUUCAUUCAAGCUUAUUUUAUCUCGGAACAUCCAGUUUUCUGAGGUGCUUUGCUCCAUGUGGGCACUGGGUGCUAUGCAUUUCUAUAACGUGUAGAGUUUGAAUAUUAACUCUGGGGCUGAAUGGAAGUUUUAGGACAUUCACGCAUGAGUUAUGAUGGCAGUCCUCCAGCUUUAAAAGUUCGGAUUCUAUCUGUUUCGCAGUAGUCGUCGAGGCUGAAAGAAGAAAGUGGGACGUAUAAAUAUAUAUAAAACCAAUAUUUUCUCCGUUUUGUCUAUCCGCGGUGCUUGCCUGCUUUGAAGUCCACCAUGUGCGGCCGGGCACCGCCGCUACAGCCGAGGCCAUGACCGUCCCCCAGCGGCGCCUGGCCGGGCUCUGGCCGUGGCUGCUCAUGGCGGCCCUGCAGGUGGUGCUGGGCCAGCCGGGCCUGGAGUCCGAGCGGCCGGCCCUCCGAGCGGUCAUCAAGGUGACAUUGCUGAAUCACGAGCCGACGGGGAAGCCCAUCACUCUGGAAGGGGUGUUCGUCGGAGGAAGUGCCGGCUACGCGGAGGGAAAACUAAUGCAGUAUCACCCUCUGUCUCUGUGCAACACAAGCGAGGAUGAACGGCAAGAGAGUGACUUUAUCACCAUUGUCAAACUGGAGCACAGGGUACCCCGCUGUCUGCCGCUGCUCGAUAAGGCUCGCAUGGCACUGGAUAAAGGAGCUCAGGCUGUUAUCUUUGAUGUCAGUGAUGAUGCCAAUGCUGCUGCUGAGCUGCGAGAAACAGACUCCCUUCCUCGUCCAGUCGUGCUGGUGGAGGCGGAGGAUGCUGAGGAGUUGAUGGGUUUGGUCAACAAGAACGAGGAGGCCAAAGUUCGUAUUGAGAUCAUGGUGGAGCAGCCUAGAUGGCCACAUUAUGAUGUGGGAAUCCUGCUCACCAUCGUCCUUGCUAUUCUGACCAUUGUCCUAAUCUUCGCUUUCCGCUACAAGUGCAAGUCCAGCAGAACCUGGGACUCUGUCCAUCAGCAGACCAUGAGGGCUAUUAGUCGAUUGGAGACCAAAACCUACAGCUCUCAGGGCUGCUCAGGCUCUCAGCGCCACCGUGCGGCCUGGGGGUCAGCCAGCAGCUCCAACUCGAGCCCUGUCUGCGCUAUCUGCCUGGAGGAGUUCCAGGACGGGCAGCAUUUAAGGAUCAUCUCCUGUGCUCAUGAGUUCCACAAAGACUGCGUCGACCCCUGGCUGCUACAACACCGCACCUGUCCCCUCUGCAUGCACAACAUCAUGGGGACGGAGCGGCAGCCCCAGAGGAACAGACUCCAGCAGAGUCCAGAGCAAAGCCAGGGUUUCCUGCACGCUCCGCCUUACAGCAGCCCACGCAACCACCCCUUCCCCCAGCAUGCCAUCCCCUUCUCUAUGAGGCCCCACUAUCCUCGUGGACCCUCUGGACCCUAUCCCUCUCUGGGUCACUACACUGGCUCUUCUCCCAGAGAUACCCAAAGGCUACGUUUCCUGUCCAGCAGGCCUCUUGGCUCUGGCUGUGGGUACCACCUUGCUGCAGAGGUUCCCGGGAGGCCCCACAGGAUUGGAGGUAACUGCAGGACCCACCACUACAACUCCCGUAGGUCCUGCCACAACUAUCGCUCAUCCUGUCCGGCCCAGCGCAGUGCAUCCAGCUCAAGACUGCACCACAUCGCCUCCAUCACACCGCAGACCCGCGGAGUUCCGGCCCACAGCCGGCAGGACGAAGGCAGCUGCUCAGGUGGCAGCUACCACACAGAACGCAGCGGAUACUUGGCUGAUGGGCCAGCGAGUGACUCCAGUUCAGGGCCAUGCCAUGGCUCCUCCAGCGACUCAGUUCUCAACUGUACUGACGUGUCCCUGCAGGGGGUUUAUGGCAGCUGGUCCACCUUCCGUAGCUCUCUGAGUAGUGACUACGAUCCGUUUGUGUAUUAUGGGCCAGGUUCUGGGCGUGCCCCCCGCAGGAACAGCCUGGAGGCAUGUGCACAGGCCCGGCCCAGGUCUCUGGAUUCUGUGGUGAACAAAGCAGGCUGCCCCGAAGAACAGCCGCAGACUGUGUUAAGCCACAUCCACUACCACCGCCACAGACACCACCACUAUGAGGAGGGGGAGCGCAGCCAGGGCCCGAGCAGAGGCUCAGAUGAGGAGCACGGGGCAGCUGCUGCUGCAGCUGCACCUGCUGCUCCUGUCCUGGACAAAGACUCACCUGUGUGCCCUCCUAAGCACAGCCAUUGCCAGUGCCCAAAGCCAGACCCCAUAGAUCGGCCCAGUCCUGGGACAGAGUAUCAGGACCAUGACCCCAGCAGCCCUACAGGACCACCUGUCCUGGUGUCCCCAAUCCCCUUACAGCUUCAACCCCACUGCUGCCACCAGGGACACGGACACCCUCCCGCUCCUCUUGGGCGAGUGGGUGGCUGUGUGCUUGAUGGCCCCUCUGUUCGCUUCCACCAGAGCCUGGAUCUGCAGGAUGACCGUAGCAUCCACAUCCACUACGGUCAGGGCCCAGGCUUCUGCUGCUCUCCUCCUGAGCUGCACCCUGCCUUGCUCCCCGUGCCCCUCAUUCUGGACUCUGGAGGUAUGGAGGACUGGCCUUGCUGUGCCGGGGCCCAUGUUGUGUGGCAAAAGCGGGUGCAGCAGGCACGCUCAGAGCCUCAGCUCUUGGGGCCUGGGACCUCUAUGGACAGGCCACCCUGCAGGUUCCACCACGGCCCUGCUGCUGACCACAACACAGACAUUUGUUUGUACUGCCAAACAUUACACCACAAUCAGGGAUCAGAAGAGGAGUCUGGUGUGUGAGAACUUGUUGCAUCCCCAUUAUCACGCUGCUACACAGGAGCCAGAAUGGACAAGCCUCUCAUUGGCUAUUGCUCUCAUGUCUUCCACAUAAUUCCACCAGCAAUGCCUUUGUUCGGACGAUUCCCCAGCUUCCCCCAAGCUUCAAAGCUCACAUGCUGAAAUGCUCUUUCAGCUGAGUUAGAUUGAGUUUGAUCCGUUAUUAUUAAAAGUGAAAUUAUUGUGAUUAAAUUAAGCUAAAAUUUUAAGAAUAAUGCCCAACCCUUCAUAAUAUUGUAUAUCAAAAUAUACUAAAUGAUUUCAAUGUUUAUUUAAAUGUUUGGAGACAGGGAGUUGCUGGGGAAACGACUAAUACACUAUAAAGGAGAAAUAGUGUUUUUCUGUAUUUCUCCUUGUCAGUUAUAGGAAGAAUAUUCAUUACCAACAUGAUACCACAAGUUCCCAUGCUCCUUAGUGACAGCUAAAGAAUGAUCCUUGCUUAGGGUGUUGAGCCCUCAUGAAGUGAGACUCCAUCUCUGCAUUGCUCACUCUAUUACAAAAUAACUUGAUUUAUCUUAGAGGUACUUAAUUUCACUUGCAUGAUCUUCGUCUUCCUUCGCUGAGUCCAGUCACAGCUUAGAGACGGUUUUCUCUCCAGCCUACCUCAGCUCAGAUUUCUUAACAUGCCUCACACAGGGGGUCUUUAAAGGUACUGCUGUAGUGAUUUUUUUUUUUGUCACAACCAUGUAGUUCCCAUAAACUCAACAAAAAGUUAAACCUGUCCAAAUGGAGAGAAAGGUUGAUGCUAAGCCCCUCAAACAAUGAGCAUUCACUGAGGUUGCUGAGCCUUGCAUGGGCCUUGUUUUCAUUAUUUCAAUAAUGGCAGCUGUUUUCAACAUGUAUGUUUGUGUUUUGGAUCAUUUUCUGUUUCUUUUUUUGUAGUCUGUAAUUUUUUUUUCACUUUUCAAAAUGAACCAGUUUGACUGAAUUAUGUCGUUGUCAUUACAAGCUAUUGUCUUGUCAUUUCUCUUGCCAGUGGUCACUUCACAUGUUUGACCUCAGUGCUGUUAAACCUUCUGAUCAGUGCAGAGUGAGCAGGCCUUAUCAGGACGACAAACACAUGCUCCUUUAAUGCCUAAUUCAUCACAAUGAUCUAUUAUCCUCCAAAAAGGAUAUACCCUCCCGUUGUCCUCCAGCAACUAAAGCUCUAGAAAAAUGUUCUACAUUGCCGCUAUAGAAAAGAGAUAGUGACUAUUUAAUGAUAUAACUGGAGAAAAGCCAUGCUAGGUAGACCUUACAGUCCCAAGCAUCAGCUCAGUCUGUUGCUGUAGCACCAGUUUAAUGAAAGCUUGGUGUGCUUUUCCCAUGAUUUCAAACUGUAAUGGGUAGAACCUGAGAAAAAUCUCAGGAACAAUCAAACACUGGAAAAAUGGGAAGAAUUUAUUUUAGUUACAGUAAUGAUACCCGAAUCGGUGAAAAAUCCUUUGUCGUGGUAAAUGUGCAUCGCCAAUCCCUGCUUUUGAGCUUACAGCACUUGAAGGAAGAUCCACCUUAAAUCAGAAAUCCAAUACAUUAUUUUGAUUUUUUUUUUCAUUCAGAUAAAUUGUUUUUAAAAUACAUUUUUUAAACCAUCUCUCAAAACUGCAAAUGACAGAAUCAAGGUUUAAAUCUUUGUUACCUACCAUUCCCUCUUCUCCCAUUUAGCCACUCUGGCAGACUGACAGACAGAAAAUGUGUUAAGAUCCCAGGAAAAUGACUCUGAACACUUAAACUGUGUAGAUAAAAGUCGACCUCAUUAUGCCACCCAACAUGGCUCCCUUAUUUUCAGUUUAACCACAGACUUCUUGCUUGCAUGUACUAGACUAAAUAAUCUGAGAUCAAAGAAAUAGGAAUUCUGUUAUAGCGUGGACUUUUGCUUUAAAGUGAAAAUGUGAAAGGAUUUUUCUCAGCAGUCAGACUUAAGAUACAGUUUAGCUUAGCACAAACAGCAGCCAAAGAGCUUAUGGGUAUUGCAGUGUAACCAGUAGCACUUACUAAAGCCUCAUAUGUGCCUUAUUGAUUCAAACUGUUCAGAAUCCUAAAUCAGGAACCUCCCAACACACUAAGCUCUUACCUUUCUAACCAAAGAGGCAAAAUCUUGAACACAGUGAACUUAUAACAUAGUAUGUGUUGUGCCUUUUUUCCUGUUUAAACCCUCUCCUUAAAUCUCAGAAUUAAAUGUGCUUUCAAUGACCAGAGAGAACAUGCCAGAAUUGAAGUGGAAAUCAUUUUGGACUCAAUAUUUUGGACAAUCAUGCAGAAAUCUUCAGCUGCAGUCCCUCGUACUAAUACCUCACUCUGAAUGUGUCAACGCAGCGUCCUCCAGCUAAAGUAUCAGGGUUUCCUUGUCUGUUAUUUUUCGUGCCCAAACAGUCUCUGAGACUGAGAUGGAAAUGACUGAAUUACAAGCAGCACUUUGGCUUAAGCAGAUUAUUAUUUUUUUUUUUUUUUAAAACAA